AUGAUCAUCGGUUGCUCUAGAAUUUGUAACCUACUGAAAUCAUCGCUUUAUCAUUAUAGAAUUCAACCAAUCACUGCUUGUAGCCUGUUGUUGUGGAGACGUUCUCAAUCACACUACAAGGCCAGUUUAUCUACUCGUGAUCUUGUGGAAGUGAUUAAUCAGAAAGCUAAAAUUCACAGGUAUAUAAAGCCACAAGAGCCUGAAGAAUCUUUGUAUGUAAAUAGCCUGGAGAGAUGUGAUUCAGAACAGGAAUUGAACGUCAUAUCGGAAAAUGAUCAGUUUGAUUUUGGUGCUCUUAAUGCGGAUAAUUUAGAUCCACAGCCAUAUCAUGAGUCACUUGUUACUCGAUCAAUGUACAACAUAGAAAAAAAGUCAGUUAUUGAUGAACUGUUGAGUAAUGAUGAACCUGAAGAAGAUCCUGCUGAUUGUUUAAGAUUAAGUAAAAUUUACCGUCGUCAUCCUCCUGAACAUUAUUUAAAAUUAAUUAAACGUUAUUGUAGAGCAGGUGAUACAAAUUCAGCGUUAUCAGUAUUUUUCUCUGAAAUGUUGGAGAAGGAUCGUGUUCUACCAUCGAGAGUUCAUGCUCAUAUGGUUCUGGAUGGUUUAGCGAGAGUUGGAGACAGUGAAAAUGCAUUUCGUGUUUAUAAAAAAAUGACUGAAUUGGGUAUUGAUGCAACCCAGGCAACUUACUCACGUUUGUUUCGCGCCUGCGCUGAGGAUAUUGCAACAUGGUUUCGAAGGAAUAGAACUCUUAUUCCACCUGUUGUAAUUCGUACUGAGAACCAUUCAUCGUUAUUACAGCGUAAAAUGCUGGCUCUUCAGAAAGCGUUGGCUCCAGAUAUGUCACCAGAUAAGUUUGGUGGACCUGCACUUCAUAAAGUGUAUCGUUUUUGGCGUCGUUUAACGGAAAAAAAUAUUCCAAUGAAUCAAUUUACAUACAAUGCACUUAUUUUGGCUCUUGCCAAAGCUGGUGAUAUUCAUGGUUGUCUGCGUGCCCUGGAUAUGAUGUUGGCAACAGAAAACAGUGAACGGUUUUCUCAAGGAUCAGUUGAUUGUAAAAAUAAGUGGUUGGUUCCCGAUUCUUUCACUAUAACAUCUGUACUGUCAUCUAUUGAACCAGCUACUAUGAAAAGAAAUCUGGAAUCGUGUCAUCGACGUAUGGGCUCAUCGGAACAAUCAGCGAACUCAAACGAUGUUUUCAAUCGUCUUAGCCCAUUCCAGCUAGCCUUAUCUUUAUGGCAUGAUUUAGUUCCAUUGUCAAAUAAUGAUAUCGCUCCGCAUAAUUUCACUUUACUAGCCAGAAUAAUGGGAUUAAAAAAUGACUGUUUGGAUGCGAAUAAUAAUUGUGAAAUAAUCUUUGUGAACAACAGUCGUUAUAAGUCUUUUGAAGAUAUAUUUAAAUCUUCUGUCGACCCAUCCAAUUCUGUAAAUCUAAUACAUCCUUCCUGUACAUCACGUGAAUUGGCGUCAAUGAUGAUUGCACAAGCUACACAAUCUCCAUUAUUAGAUAGCACGUGUACUACUAAAUUAGACUCGACCAGUAAUGAACCAGUGAUUUACGAAACACCGGAAUCUCCUCAGUUUGAUUGGAAUAAUACAAUGUUAGCGCUUCGUAGCCCGAUAAAUCUUCUUUUGCCUACUGAUAAACCAAUAGUAAUUUGUGGACCAAAAGAACAAGGGCUUUAUCCGUGGCAACGUCUCGCUCUCGUUGGUGGGUUGUACGGUCUCCUGGAUAUUAUUGAAAAUCAUUACAAAUUGAAACUGGAUAUUAGUUUUUUUACUUGCAUCAUCAGAUUGUUGCCACCACCAGUGAAAUCUGAUCAGUGUUACACAAAUGACGCACUUGAUACUUGGGAAACGGAAGUUUUAAAUUUACUUUCAAGGUUUAAACUAACUGUUGAUGCUACAUUAUACAAUGCUUUAAUUCAUCGUAGGACGUCAGCUGGUUUGAAUGCUAAUCAUUUAUUAGCGGAUAUGACCCGUAACGGAUUAAUUCCCAACCAAAUUACUUGGGGUUGCCUAGCUCGAGGUUGUCAAACAAAAGAGUCGGUGAAACAACUUCUACGUGGAUUUGAGGUUGCUGCUACAACCCCACUAUCUUCCAGUGAUUUGGAGGCUAACAGUAUAUCUCGUGAACAAAAUGUCCAGUCACUAAUCAUCAGACCAAGUUUCACAUUCUUCAGUACUAUACUAUCAACAUCUGGAUUUGAUUGGGAUUUGAAAGCGUUUGUUAUUGAAUACAUGAGGCGUCCAGUUCAUGUAGAUGAGUUGUCUGAUAAAAAUUCUACCAUACCAAAACGCAAUGUAUUUGGAAACGAAGUAUCCAAUCAUUUCGAUGGAUUUGUGUUAGAUCGCCGAGUAAUCGCAUCUAUUGAUAUAGAUAUUGGUUUGUUUCGAGAGCUUUUGGUGAAAGGUAUAAUUCCGAUGGAUGGUUCACCUGUUCAAGGAUCAGAAACUGGUGGAUUUCGUGUCUAUCCAAAUGCUGUUCGUUCAUUUUAUAGAUUUUAUAAGAUCUAUAAAUCUUGGCUGCGUGAAAGUCCUGUGGAGAAGCCUCGUUAA